AUGCCCUCGGAAUACGCGGGAGGUAUUCCUUCCCCCGAGGAUAACACAGCAAUCUCGAAGUUCCCAUUGCCUCUAUCUCGAUUGUAUUUGCUGGACUGUCUCUCCUUGAAUGAGGUAGUGGAUGUCCCUCCGGCAAGGAUGUGGGGUUGGCUAUUGUAUGCCAACAUGUGUCUCUCGGUGCUGGUCCUCUUGCCAGGAAGCCAACAGCAGUUAUUCUCAUGGGUUCCAAUGGUGACAUUUGGAAUCCUGCUCUCUUGGGGACUGACUGGCAUUCCCCUCGUCCUCAUCCACAGCCAGCACCUCUUGACUAAUCAGGAUCAGCAAACGCCAGUGCUCCCCCUCUACCAACCCCAGGACAACGAUUAG